GGCAUUGCUACCAGAUCAAACAACAACACCGUCUAUGGGAACAUUCACAAAGACAGCAACAAGCUUAUUUACAAAUGUUCUGCUGCACAUUAGGGCAUAGCAAGUUGAGAGAACCUGUUCCGGAGACACCUCACACAAACAACAGCACAUAGAGCACCUGUCAAGAGGAGAGGGUUUCAGUCCUUCAAAGAAAGAUAAGAAAACAUCACACUUCAAUUGUUGGAGACAAACUGAACGCUUCAGCGUUAUUUGAAGUUUUUUAAACGAAUUUUUCACACUAGCCUAUCAACACAUCUAGGCAUCCUUACAAAUAGCAUCGGUCCUGUUUUGGAAGUGACACUGUGCCAACAGUAGUGGAGGGCAUAAAAUACUUUCACUUUUUGCAAUCCUCUAAUCUAGGUUUAACGAUUUGGUCAGCGACCUACUGCCAACUCCUGUAUUGCCUAUAAUGUAAGUGCAAAUAGUUAUCCAUUUCAAAACUUGAUAUUGCAUGGUUUUGUUCGUAAUAACACGUGGAUUGGAAUUUGGGGAAAUGAUGCUGUGAGCACGGAGGAUGCAACCCGGUCAGAGAUUGUGGCUUUAAGCCUUUUAUUUUUCUAAUCGUCUAAGCGUCUUAAAGAGAUAACGUUUCAGUAAAUUCAAAAUAAGGUUAUUGGUGAGCUUUUUAUGACAAGAAACCGGUUCCAAAGAAGCGCCUGAAAUGUGUUAAUCUGUUUAACUUUUUAGGUAAAAGUUCCUGACCGCCUGUCACUUCUUAUAUUUAAACUUCUAGAUCACCAGUCAUCAAUAACACUAAUCAAUGUUCCACUUUUACAUAUAGAACAUGCUAAAGUAAAUUAAUAUAUAUUAUUUCUGAAUAGUUCAGUAACAUAAGGCUAGACUUUACAAUCUUUUACGCAAGAAUUACGGGUAAUGCUGCAAUAGCCUAUUUGGCACAACAGAUUCGAAAUUUGAUCAUUCUAGAUAAAGAACAAUAUUCACUGAUCUCCACUGUCUCCAACUACAAAUCCGUGCGUAGAGGACGCGUUUCCUGCCCCGCACAUCACCGGCAUCAAUGUCAUUGCUAACCUCCUGAAAGCUGUGAAAGCUAGAGAAAUCAAGACGUAGAAUGGCCGAUGAGCUGGUAACCAUCACUAAUGGGAUUGUGAUGUGACUUGUUCGGCUGGAGGGACGGCUGCUGCUAUUCGUUGAAAUAUCUCCAUAGACUCGGUGCGUGUUCAAUCUUCCAGAGCGGGGAUGAUCAGAAUCUUCCCGGAUUUCAGCGUUCAGGUGACAGCGGCAGGUGGAGGAGCCGGGGGAAUGCCAUCAGGUCACGCCAUGGGGAGAGUCCCCGGUACAACUAACGGGAACCCGCAGAACGUCCAGGGGAUAACCUCCUAUCAACAAAGGGAAAUUAAAACCCUACACCCUUUCUGCAUGGAGGAAUCAGUGGAGGAGGCCGUAGUUGAUGCCCAAUUCAUGUCCAAAUUUCCCCACGACCCUUACUGGGAGAGGCCUGCUAAUGCCAGCUCCUGUUCUGUCUCUAGGCCCAAGACACUCCACCUUGGAGGAGGGCAACAACAUACCUCAUCGCCAUGGUUGCAGGCUCUGAGGAAGGAGAAGUCCCGGGAUGCGGCUCGCUCGCGGCGGGGGAAGGAGAACUUUGAGUUCUACGAGCUGGCUAAGAUGCUGCCUCUGCCCGGCGCCAUCACCAGCCAGCUGGACAAGGCUUCCAUCAUCCGCCUUACCAUCAGCUACCUUAAGAUGAGGGACUUUGCCAAUCAGGGGGACCCACCAUGGAACCUGCGCAUGGAAGGCCCACCACCCAACACCUCCGUCAAAGCUAUAGGAGAUCAGCGAAGGAGGACUCCCAGUGCGGUAGCCUCAGAGAUCUUUGAGCCACACCUCGGGAGCCACAUAUUGCAGUCCCUGGAUGGAUUUGUAUUUACACUAAACAAGGAGGGAAGGUUUUUGUACAUCUCUGAGACGGUGUCUAUAUACCUGGGGCUUUCACAGGUGGAGCUGACAGGAAGUAGUGUGUUUGACUACGUCCACCCUGGCGAUCAUGUGGAGAUGGCAGAGCAGCUGGGCAUGAAGCUGCCCCCGGGGCGAGGCCUCCUUUCUCAGGGCACCGCCACCGAGGACGGCGCCAGCUCUGCCUCCUCCUCCUCACACGCAGAGACCCCCGAGCCAGUCGAGUCGACCAGCCCCACCCUGCUUCCCCCAGACAACAUUCUAGAACGCUCCUUCUUCGUCCGUAUGAAGUCCACACUGACCAAGAGAGGUGUCCACAUCAAGUCUUCAGGCUAUAAGGUGAUCCAUGUUACAGGCAGGCUGAGGAUCCGUAUGGCAAUGACCCACAGUCGGUCAGUACCCAUUCAGAUCAUGGGCAUGGUGGUGGUAGCCCACGCCCUCCCCCCCCCCACCAUCAACGAGGUGCGCAUAGACUGCCAGAUGUUUGUCACCAGGGUCCACAUGGACCUCAACAUUGUCUACUGUGAAAAUAGAAUUAGCGACUACAUGGACCUGACGCCAGUGGACAUCAUAGGGAAGAGGUGCUACCAGUUUAUUCACGCAGAGGAUGUGGAGGGCAUCCGGCACAUCCAUUUAGACUUGAUAAACAAGGGCCAGUGUGUGACCAAGUACUACCGCUGGAUCCAGAAGAACGGUGGGUACAUCUGGAUCCAGUCCAGUGCCACCAUCGCCAUCAAUGCCAAGAAUGGCAAUGAAAAGAACAUAAUCUGGGUCAACUACGUACUCAGUAAUCCAGAGUACAAGGACACACCCAUGGACAUCGCCCAGCUACCCAACCUUCCAGAGAAAGCCUCAGAGUCUUCAGAGACAUCUGACUCUGAGUCCGAGUCCAAGGACAACUCUGACGACAAUGAGAACUCCAAGUGGGACAGGAAGGGGAACCAGACUGAGAACACAGAGGACCCGGAAACAAACAGUACAAAGCAGCAGCAGGGCCAGUCGUCCUCAGAGCAGGAGAUGAGGCGUCAGGAGGAGGGAGACAGCUCCUCCAACCCAGAGAGCCAGGAGAGCGAGGACGAUCUGGAGCCCAGUGACUGUGAGGUGGAGACCAAGGAGGGCAGACUGGGCCGGCUGGAGGACCUGCACAUCAAGGUGGAGCACUACGGAGAUGGAAACGGAGGGGUGGAGCUGCACGACUCGCCUUCCUCCUCCUCUGAAGAAGAAGAUGAUGAUGACGAUGAGGAAGAUGACGACAGCUUUAAAGCCUGUGACAGCGCCACCGAGACUCUCGCCACCCCCGCUGCCCGUAAGCAGCAGAAGCGUAAGAAGAGGAGGAAAAAGCAGAAAUGGGACGGUAGUCGUCCUAAACGUAUGUGCCUCUCCUCUGCCACCCCCAGCUCUAACACCUUUGUUGGGGCUGUCUCCCUCCUGCCGACCCCAUCCCCUGCCAGUGCCUCUGUGCUCAAGAUCAAAACGGAAAUGUCCGAGCCCAUCAACUUCGACAAUGACAGCAUCAUCUGGAACUACCCACCCAACAGAGAGAUCUCCAGGAACGAGUCUCCCUACAGCAUGACAAAGCCCGUCCCAGCCCACGAUACCUUCCCCUCCCCACAGCCUGGUAGUCUGCAGGUCUCCAUCCCAGACUCAGUGCUCACUCCCCCAGGAACAGAGGGGGGCAGUGGGGGCGCAGGUACCAGGAAGGGCGUACCCCCCUCCUUCAGCGGUUAUAGCAGCGCCCCCUCCUCGGCCUCCAGCGCCGCUAGCCUGGCCCCUCCCUCUGGCUCUGGGUCCUCCUCCGACCCCCUGUCCCCGCCUCUCUCGGCCUCGCCGCGCGACAACCAGCAAUGUCAGAGCACCCCCACCACGUCCGGCUCCUCCCUGCUGUACACCAGCGACCUGGAGGCCCUGCAGAGGCUGCAGGCCGGGAACGUGGCGCUUCCACUGGUCCAACGGGUCACCGGCACCCUCGCCACGACCAGCACUGCUGCCUCACGGGUCUACACCACUGGCACCAUCCGCUACGCCCCAGCCGACGUCACUCUGGCCAUGCAGGCAGGCGCCAAUCUGCUGCCCAACAAUGUGGCCCACGCUAUGAACUUUGUGGAUGUCAACGGUAGCCCCAGCUUCGGCAUCGACCCCAAGACACCCAUGGAGAUGCUGUAUCAUCAUGUCCACCGGCUCAACAUGGCUGGCCCUUUUGGGGGUACCAUGUCCGGCGCCAGUCUCACCCAGAUACCAGCAGCCAAUGUAUUCACCACGGCAGAGGGACUGUUCUCUACUCUUCCAUUCCCUGUCUACAGUAACGGGAUACACACCACACAAACUCUGGAGCGCAAAGAAGAUUAGAGCAAAA